AUGGAGAUCAACUGGGACCUGAUAUUUAAAGAGGCCUUCUCUUUCUUCGUCUCUGCCGGGCCUGCACAAGCAUAUCAGGCCCUCGAAGCAAGCAGACAGCAGCAGCCCGGCAUGUAUCUCUCAAACACCUUCACCCUCGCGGCGGUCGCGCAGCUCGCCGCAGCCGCAUCGUGCCCGGCCUCGGGCCCGCCGACAUACCCAAAGGCGACGCCGGAGAACACGGCCUUCAUCCCCUUCGUCAACAAGUUCCCCCUCAUCGACAGCACCCCGUCCCUCGAGUUCUCCGUGGCGACAAAGUGGUCCGCCCCCGUGUCCGUCCCUUCGGCCGGCAUGGACACGGGCUCGACCGGCGUCAUGAUCGGCGCCGGCCUGCUCGGCUUCUCGGACAGCAACGCGCCCUUCGACAAGAGCCGCCCCGGCAACGAGUACCUCUCCUCCAGCGGCCGCCUCUGGCAGGGCUACUGGAUCGACGCCAACCUCACGUUCCGUUCGGGGCCGGACGAGCGCGGGUACCGGCAGGACGUCGUGACCGCCGUUCCCGUCAUGGUCGUCACCGAGGCCAGCGUCUGCCGCGCCUGGAAGACGCAAGGGUCCUGCACCGAGGCGCAGAAGUCCAACAUCACCAUGUGGCCCAGCAACAUCCACUACGUCGGCGUCGGCUUCGGCCGCGGCAGCUCCGAGCAGCCGGACGCGCUGCCGGACAAGGUGCCGCUCAUCCACGUCACGCAGAUCGGCGGCCGGCCGGUCGGCGGCGACAUGCACCAGGGCUACAUCAUCACCAGGGAAGGCGUCGAGGUCGGCCUCACGAGCGACAACGCCGGCGGCUUCUGCAAGACCAAGCUCGAGCUGCGGGCCGGGUCCACCGCCACGGACUGGCAGAUGGCCAAGAUGGCCAUCCGCAUCAACGACUCGCCCUGGGACCACGGCCACGCGCUCUUCGACACGGGCAUCCCGCAGGCCUACGUGGCCGUCAACGACGUCGUCAGCUCGCGCGCCAACACGACCACGUCCAAGUUCAUCAAGACGCACCCCAAGGUCCUCGCCAGGCGCAGCAAGGUCGUCGUCUGCGUGCCCGACGAGGAGAACCCCAUCGCGACCUACACCGUCGUCGCCCAGGGCGCCGGCCGGCCGGACCCGGCCACCAUGCAGCCGUCGGGGUUCGUGAUGGAGUCGGCGCCGAGCGCGGACAGGGGGCCCUACAUCAACACGGGCAGGAUGUUCUACAACGGGUUCGACGCCAUGUUCGACUCCGAGUGUGGCUGGUUCGGGCUGUCUGAGAUCUCGGAGGAGGGCGGCUCCAAGAAGAGGGCCACUUGUCCUGCGUGA